AUGUUCACGCUCCUUGGACUCUGGCUUUUCAUUCUUUACGCAGCCACCCCGGUACUUGCGCACAGCAUUACCAACGUUACAGUAACGACCACGUCCACACUCAUUAUAUCAGUCUUCGAUUUCGCACCAACCACGCAUCUUACUCGAGCAUCCACUACACCCUCGAUCGCAUAUCCGAAUGCAAGUAUACCAGCGCUCGCCGCUACACCUAUAGCAACAAUACACAUAUACUUGAGUACAAAGUCUCAUGCUUCAGGGUCUACGAGUCCAAAUAUUCUGACAGGUACUAUUACGGCCGUCGCAACGAGUGCAUCCACGUAUGAGAAAGAAGACAAAGGAGAUGAUGACCACGAAUCGCAUCCGCACACCACGCCUCCGUCCCAAUUCAAAGUCGCAAAGCCCGCGUGGAUCAACCCCAGCACCGCAGCGCUACUCUGCUUUGACUUCCUAGCCGCCACUUUUUUCGUGUGGUGCUGGGUCAUGGGCUGGUUUUCGUGGCUAAAGGGGGACCAAAGUCGCGAUCGUAGAAUGAGACAAGGAGGAUGGCAGGCAUAUAGGCCGAGAGAAGCAAGAGACUCAGAUACAAGAGCACCAGUGAACCAGAAUGUAGAGCGGGAAAUGAGAAGGUUAGGGAUGGUAUGA